AUGGUUGUUUACAACUUUGUCGCCCAUCUUUCUGCUAAUGAACUGAUUUCCUUCGGGAUCACUAGCAAGGACAAAGGAAAACGGCCGGCUGGAGACUCGUCGAAAGGCACGACCGUGAGGGAGGCGCUCAAGCAGUGGGAGGAAGCAACUCGGCCAGGAGCACAGCACAGCGAAGCCCUCGAGGUCAAACUCAUAGGGCUCUAUCCUCCGAUCGAGAAGUUGGAUUCGUCCUUGCAGGCUCUGGAGGUGCUGGCGGAGACGCUGGAGCAGCUGUGGAUUUCGUAUAACUUGAUCGAGAAGAUGAAGGGCGUCGGUGUCCUCAAAAAACUCAAGGUGCUGUACAUGUCCAACAAUCUGGUCAAGGAUUGGGUGGAGUUUAUUAAACUCACAGAGCUGACUGCGCUGGAGGAGCUCAAUUUUGUAGGUAACCCGCUGGAGGAGAAGCACACCGCGGAAGGAACAUGGCGGACGGAAGUGGAGCGGAAGUUAACAGGACUGAAGAAAUUAGACGGUUUACCCAUCAUUCGCGAGAUGGACGACGAAGCUAUCAUAGAACAGCAACAGGAACAACAGCAACAGCAGCAACAGCAACAACAGUCGGAGAGGAAAGACUCGACGAGACCUCCAACGCCAUCUUAAGAUUUUUUUUUCUUUUUUUCACACGUGGUUUUAUGAAUGCAUGGCUUACCACGCAUGAAAACUACAUUCGCCUCAUCGAUGAGUAAAAUAUAAUAACGGUUUUGCGGUCAUGGAGCAACAUAUGAAAACGAAUAAAGCAUUUACUUUGA